AUGACUGAAGUAACUGAAGAAGCCGUUAACAUUACCGCUGCUAAACCUGUAAUUGAAGAUAGAAUUUACGUUGGAAAUCUCGACUAUAAGGCAACCGAAGAAGAAUUGAGACAAUUGUUUCUGGACUUGAAAGUCACUGAUGUAGAGAUUCCUUUUAAGGAGAGAACAAGAGACGAUCAAACUUUCAAAUUGCAUUUGGGAUUUGCUUUUGUUCAAUUUGAGAAUAAAGAGGAAGCUGAUAAGGCAAUUGCCAACUAUAAUGGUCAAAAAUUACAAAGAAGAAUUAUUUUCAUCAAAAAGGCAGUUCCUCCACCAACCGAGGAAGAGAAGUUGAUCAAGAUUGAAGCUUAUAAGGCCAAAAGGGAAGAAUACCAAAAUGCCAAAAAAUUGAAGAAGAAGGAUGCGAAAAGGGGAAAAGAGGGUUUUGCUGAAGGAAACGAUGAAAAUGGAAUUUCUGGUGGUGGUGCCAAAUCCAAGUCCAAAUUGGUAAAUGGCAACCAUGCGCCAGAAGGUGAAAAAUCAACAGAUACUAUUUUUGUUACUAAUUUGGACUAUAAAGUCAAUGUUAAAGUGCUUUCCAAAGUUUUUGAAGAAUUGAAACCAAAAUGGAUCCAUGUGCCAAUAAGAAAGUUUUAUAAGAAGAGGGAAACAUUUGAUGCUCCUAGAAGACCAUUGAAUAGAGGUAUUGCAUUUGUUAAGUUUUCUGACGAAGAAACUCAGAAAAAGGCUGUUGCCGAAUUUAACGGUAAAGAAGUUAGAGGCAGAAAAAUGAUUAUUGAUUAUGCUGUUAACUCAAAAGUCCCUGAUAAGGAUGGGGAAAAUGAAGGAGAAGAAGAAGGAGAAGGAGAAGGAGAAGGAGAAGUAGAAAUAGAAGAAGAGGGUCAUGAAGAAGGAGGUGAAGGUGAAGAGAAGGUUGAGCAAAAUGGCAAAGAGUCUACUACUAACUAG